GGCGCCCGAUGCGGCGCGCAAACUCAAACGAAACUGGAGUUUGUUGUCAGCAACGUCGAUUGCAAGCAGCAAGCAGAUAUAGCAAAAAAUCUCAAACGACAUCGUUUUAUGAAAAGAAGUAGCUAGUUAUAAGUCGUCUCGUAACUUUGGAUGUACGGAAACAUUUUCAUGACCGCGCCAGUAAGCUUAUGGUGCAUUAUUUGAAGCCAGGAAGAAGGCUAGGUAACGGUGGCUAACGAGUUGGCAUUGUUGGUAACCAAGCAGCUGGCAAACCACCCAGUGAAUUCGUAAACAAUGCCUUGUGUUGCACAGAAAUGUUUGGCUAGUUAGCUAGCUACCUAUUUGUGCUGAACGUUACUGUAUUUGAGAACAGUUUGCUAGCUUACUAGGCAGCUAACUAGUUAUAUUUUCUGAGGGAGUUGUGCUUGUUCAUCACCUGAAGAUGACUUCCGCAAUGGACGACCCAACCCUGGAGAGGCACUUCAAGGGCCACAGAGACACCAUAACAAGUGUUGACUUCAACUGUAACAUGAAACAUAUUGCGACCGGCUCCAUGGACUCCUGUCUGAUGAUCUGGAACAUGAAGCCCCAGAUGAGAGCCUAUCGAUUCGUUGGACAUAAAGAUGCUGUGACAUCAGUCCAGUUCUCUCCCUCCGGACACCUGGUGGCCUCAGCUUCCAGGGACAAGACUGUCCGCCUCUGGGUGCCCAGUGUUAAGGGUGAGUCUACAGUGUUCCGAGCCCACACUGGAACGGUCCGCAGUGUCAGUUUCUCUGGUGAUGGACAGACCUUGGUCACCGCCUCCGACGACAAAACUCUCAAAGUCUGGACCGUCCACAGACAGAAGUUCCUCUUCUCUCUCAACCAGCACAUCAACUGGGUCCGCUGUGCCAGGUUUUCACCAGACGGCCGGUUGAUAGUGUCAGCCAGUGACGACAAGACCGUUAAGAUCUGGGACAAGAACAGUCAGGAGUGUAUCCACUCAUUCUAUGAUCAUGGAGGGUAUGUGAACUACGCUGACUUCCACCCUAGUGGGACAUGCAUUGCUGCGGCGAGCACAGACAACACUGUCAAGGUCUGGGACAUCAGGACCAACAGAUUACUGCAGCAUUACCAAGUUCACAGUGGCGUGGUGAACAGUCUGUCCUUCCAUCCAUCUGGUAACUUCCUGAUAACAGCCUCUAAUGACUCCACCAUGAAGAUCCUGGACCUCGUGGAGGGACGGCUGCUCUACACACUUCACGGACACCAGGGGCCAGCCACGUGUGUAGCGUUCUCCAGGACCGGAGAGUACUUUGCCUCAGGAGGAUCUGAUGAACAGGUUAUGGUGUGGAAAACUAACUUUAAAACAACUGACUAUGGAGAAGUUCUACGACUGCAGCAGACAGCUGCUUGCAUCGACCUCGGAGGAGGAGCAGCUGUCCCUGGAGACUCCAGGAACCCCCUGCUCCCCAGGCAGGUGUCGUCUGAGUCAGAGCUGUGUGACGGCCAGGGGCGGGGCUUAUGUACAGAGGUGAGGAGUAGGAGUGGCAGCCUCACCCGGAGCCUGUCUUCCAGACCGUCCCAGACCCAGACCCCCAGGGCCCCCAGUGCCAGGCCCUCCUCUGCCCAGCAGACACGCACUCAGCCUCAGCCCCAGCCUCAGCCCCAGACACAGACACAGACCCAGCCUCAGCCCCAGCCCCAGACCCAUGCCCAGAGAGAAGGCGUGGUGCCUGCUGCUCUGGCCAGCACUCUGGAACACAUAGUGGCUCAACUAGAUGUUCUCACACAGACUGUGGCCAUCCUAGAACAGAGGCUGACUCUGACAGAGGACAAGCUGAAGGAGUGUAUUGACAACCAGCAUCAGAUCAACCUGCAGCUCCACCGCAGGGAACCAGACCUCCAACCCAGGGACUAACACCCAACCAAACCUUCAGACCUCCACAUCACCAGACCUCCACACUUCCAGACCCUCCACCAGUCCAGACCAGACCUCCAGACCAGACCUCCAGGCCAGGGACUGCCACCAGAGACUAAGCCCAGCCCGGACUCCCCUAGGCAGGGGAAAGCCCUGGUGGCACCCAGACCACUGACUCCUCCAUAGACAUACAGGGCAUUUGGAAAGUAUCCAGACAACUUGACUUUUUCACAUUUUGUUACGUUACAGCCGUAUUCUAAAAUUGAUUAAAUCGU